GCGGCGGCAGCUCGGCGGCGGCAGCGGAGAGCGCAGCGCGCAGCCCGGUGCAGCCCUGGCUUUCCCCUCGCCGCGCGCCCGCGCCCCCUUCCGCGUCCGCAACCAGAAGCCCAGCGCGGCGCCCGGAGCUGGACCCGCGCCCGCGCCGCUCCCGGGACCGCGACCUCGGCCGCCCCGCGAUGACCGCGACCGCAGCCCUCCUGCCCGUCCUCCUGCUCCUGCUGGCCUUCGGCCACAGUGUCCAUGGAGCUGAGUGCGUGCCGGCCUGCCACCCCCAAAAUGGGCUCUGCGAAGAUGACAAUGUUUGCAGGUGCCAGCCUGGCUGGCAGGGCCCCCUGUGUGACCAAUGCGUGACCUUUCCUGGCUGUGUUAACGGACUCUGCGUGGAACCCUGGCAGUGCAUUUGUGACGAUGGCUGGAACGGGAACCUCUGUGACAUAGACGUCCGCGCUUGCGCCUCCACCCCCUGCCUCAACAAUGGGACCUGCGUGAACCUGGACAGCGGCCUCUACGCGUGCUCCUGCGCCCCCGGGUUCUCCGGCAAGGACUGCCAGGAGAAGGCUGGGCCCUGUGUCAUCAACGGGUCCCCCUGCCAGCACGGAGGCACCUGCGUGGAUGACGAGGGCCGGGCCUCCCGGGCCUCCUGCCUGUGCCCGCCUGGCUUCUCAGGCAAUUUCUGCGAGAUCGUGGCCAACAGCUGCACCCCCAACCCGUGCGAGAACGAGGGCAUCUGCACCGACAUCGGGGGCGACUUCCGUUGCCGCUGCCCCGCCGGCUUCAUGGACAAGACCUGCAGCCGCCCCGUGGGCAACUGCGCCACCGCGCCGUGCCUCAACGGGGGCACCUGCCUGCAGCAUGGCCAGGUGAGGUACGAGUGUGUGUGCAAGCCCGAGUUCGCGGGCCCCACCUGCGGCCGGAAGCGCGCGCCGGGCCCCCAGCAGGUCACCCGUCUGCCCAGCGGGUACGGGCUGACCUACCGCCUGACCCCCGGGGUGCACGAGCUGCCGGUGCCGCAGCCGGAGCACCGCGUCCUGAAAGUAUCCAUGAAGGAGCUCAACAAGAGCACCCCCCUCCUCUCCGAGGGCCAGGCCAUCUGCUUCACCGUCCUGGGCGUGCUGACCAGCCUGGUGGUGCUGGGGACCGUGGGCAUCGUCUUCCUCAACAAGUGCGAGGCCUGGGUGUCCAACCUGCGCUACAGCCACAUGCUGCACAAGAAGAGGGACUUCCUCCUGCAGUGCAACAGUGGGGAAGACCUGGCCGUCAACAUCAUCUUCCCCGAGAAGAUCGACAUGACCACCUUCAGCAAGGAGGCGGGCGAAGACGACAUCUAAGCGGCGUCCCCAGCGGCCCCUCCGUGUUCUCGGGGUCCCUCAGAGCUCACUAUAUGCGGUCUGUCCUCCUCGCUGUGCUGGAGUUCGCUAUCCUCUGUGUCGAGUCUGGUGAACGCUAUGCUUCCGUAUAUUACCUUUGUGUUGCCGUGUGACAAAAAAAAAAAAGAACCCUCUUUCUCUCUCUUAAUGCAUGAUUGAAAAUAAUAACACGAGUUUCAUCUUUAAA